GUAGAUGUACACAGUUUAAGAUGAAUCAAUAUAAAGAACUUUUGUUUCUUGACGACGAAUCUAAACAAAUGCAGUUCAUGUAAUCAUUAACAUAGUUUAUAAAACUCGUUGUUUGGUACGUUCAUGGUUAUUUAGACGGAGAUUAUUUUUUUCAUGUGAGAUUAACCCCCGAUUGAGACAUUUUUAUCAGAAAUCUACAGUUGUUACAACCUAAUAUUAGUUCACUUUACGACGGUGAAACAUGGGAAUUAAAGGAUUGACAACGUUCAUGAAAAGUAAUCCACAGCUUAUGAAAGAAAUUCGACUGCAUGACACAGAGGUAGUCAUAGAUGGAAAUAGUUUGUACCACUUCAUCUUUUAUAGUAAUCAAUUGGAUUUUCUUCACGGUGGAGAUUAUGACCAGUACGCAUAUAAAAUAAUUAAAUUCUUUAACCUUCUCCACUGUUACAACAUUCAGCCUUACAUUGUGUUUGAUGGAGGAAAUGAUCCAAAUGACAUGAAAUUCCAGACAAGUCAUAAAAGGAUGAAACAGAGGCUCGAGAUGGCUAUGCAACUGGCAAAAGGACAUAAGGGAGACUGUAAAGUUAUGCCUAUCCUGGCGUUUGACACUUUUCGAGCAGUUUUGAAAGAAAUUAUGAUUCCGUUUGCAGUUUGUGACUUUGAGGCUGACAUAGAAAUCGCAAAACUUGCAAAUAAGUUGAACUGUCCGGUUUUGUCUGAUGAUAGUGAUUUUUAUAUCUUUCCUUUAACAGCUGGAUUUAUACCUUUUGAAAGUGUAAGUUUCACGGAGCAGGAAACCAGAAUGGAGAAUGAUAGUUUGGAAAACUUUCUUUCUGCUCGAAGAUAUCAUGUGAACAAUUUUGUACAUUUCUUUCCAUCUUUAGGUAGAAAAGUCCUCCACUUGAUUGCUGCCCUCCUAGGAAAUGACUAUGUUGACACACAAAUAUUUAAACCAUUUUAUUCUUCAAUCUGGAGGUAUGAAGGCUAUACACCGUUUAGUAUUCCAAUAACUGACAAAAGGACCCUCAAAGUUAUUCUGUGGUUACGAGGGUUGAAAACAUAUGAGGACGGAAUUUCAGCAAUCACAUCAAGAGCGUUAACUUCACAACAUCUAGAAACUAUCCAAUCUGCUCUUAAAAGAACUAAGACGGCAUUUACUUUUAAUGCAUCAGAUUCUACUCUGUUUCCACACUUUAAGCAAAAUAGCAGUGCAAUUGAAAAAUCAAUACGAGGGCAAAAUGGUUCGAUGAUUCCGGAAUGGUAUGUUUGUUACCAUAGACAAGGAAUUCUUCCGCCAAGUUCCUUAGACAUAAUAACAUUGCGAAGAAAAUUUUUGAUCCCUCAGGUGGAAGACCCAAAUUCAGCAUCCUCCUAUCGGUGUAGUGCAAAACUUAGAGAAUAUAUGUACGGAAUAUUGCUUUCAGAAGAUAUAGAAGACAAAGGAUUGACAGCAGACAUGAUUUCAGAUGUCGAGGAGUAUGAUCGAAAAGGGCAUACACUUUUGAGUGAAACUGUUUAUGCUCUUAGAACUUUGACAGGAUAUGGCGAACUCCCAUAUCUUUCAGUAAUUCCAAACCUUUCGUCAUCUGAAAAAGAAAAUAUUCUUCGUCGGAUAAUCGAUAUGCCGUCUUUUAGCAUCGAUUAUAUGACUAAGGACCUAGAACUAGUUCUGGGAAUAGUUUUAUUUUGGAUUAAGAGAGCCAAACCACAUGUAACUAUUUUCCAUUUGCACAGCAUACUGGUCUGUUUGAUAAUGUUGAAAUUAAAAUGGGUUCUUUUUCAUCAUGGUACUACUGGAUGUAAGAAAAAUUUGAUAGAAGUUACAGUUCUGGACAUGACCGGUGAGUCUCUAAAAGAGGUCUUUUUCAAACUCAAUCAAUAUAGUGCCAAAAUUCACCAUACCACAGAACACCCGGUUGACUCUAGUGUAAUCCAUGGAUUUGCACAAUUCCAGACUUGUCUUAUGGGUACUAUGCACCUAAACUCUCUUUUGAUGUGCCCGUUUCCAAACCCAUGCAUACAUCAUCUAUUUUCAGGGACAUUUCUGUACAAUGUUUAUUUAGAGCUUAAGAAACAAGAAUCUGCUGACUUAUUUAUACAUAAAGUUCUUUUAAUGGAAUCAAGUCUUGCACAAAUACAUCAAUGCCUUUUUGAUGCUGUGAUUAAUGCUAUUGACUCAAACGGAAUAGCUGCCGCAUCCAGAUAUUUUGAAGAGUGUACGGAUCGUACAGAAAAAAAGAAAAAACACAAAAGAACACAGCGUGUUCAAACAAGUUCCCAGAGUACCGGAAACAGAUUUAGCGUUCUUUAUAUGAGAGAAAGUGACGAAGACUAAGAGCUUAUCUGAAGGGGAGUUAUAUUAUUAUUUAUCUUAAAAAAUACAUUGCUGGUGCACAUACGAAUAAUAUACAUGUAUGACAUGAAGAAAAGUAUUAUAACAACUGGAAUAUAUUCACUGACGUCUCAUUAUAUUUUGAUCAUAUUCAUUUGUUGAGUCUACAUAUUGUCAUGUUAUUACAUGUACAUGGGUUGAUUGGUAAUUCUCUAAAAGAAGGUACAGAUAUUCAUAAAAUACGUUCCUGACAUGUUAUGCUAAAGUUAAGCUUAUUUACACAUAUUUUCUAUAAUCACAUAGUCGACCAGAAUAAAUUGAAAAAAAAUUGAAAGAAAAGCCCCUCCUACGAUAGAUGCUGUAGAGCAUAGUACACUUGAGAUAUAUUAAUGUCACAAUUUUAUGCUUAACAGUACUUUAAUUGAACAAACCCAGAAAACGCAUCAGUGAUCAUGAUGAUUCGGGUUUGCUUUUCGGGUUGAAUGGACUGAAUUAAUUAUUCAUCAUCCGUCAUGAUCCUUAUUCCAUACAAUCAGAAAAAGUGUUAAACGAAAAUUAAGGAUUAUGUUGUUUAUUUGCUGUAAAAUCUAUCUGAAUAUUUCAACAGUUACUUAUAGUAAUAAUUUUAUUUCGUUGCCGCAAUUUUUAUUAUUCAUUUUUAUAUAACCUACAAUUUAUCCUGCUUUUUGUUCUUUGCAUGUACAAUCUGUUCAAUGUCACUACAGAUUGGAUAAUAAACUUGUAGUAUGCACAUAUGUAUAUUAUUCAUAUCUGAAUGUAU